AUGCAAGCCGUUCGUGUCCAUCCAAAUCGCGUGAAUGCUACAACGCCAUACUCUGCCGCAAAUCCAGCUCCUGUAACAGCCAUUCAUGUCGACAAGGGCAUCCCUAUACCGCAGCCGAAUGGACCAGGAGAGUUGCUUAUUCGUGUUCGGGCAACGACAGUCAUUCGAGAUGCCUUGACCUGGCCGGAGACCUACUCAAAAGAGUACGCAAUCUUAGGACACGACUUUUCGGGGACGGUAGUAUCAGUUUAUGAUGAAGUGGAAGGGUCGCCUUUCAAGCCAGGGGACGAGGUAUUUGGAAUGGCCCGCGCCGAUCGCGGAGGAACUUGGGCUGAUUAUGCUGUGGUGAUGGUGGACGAAACGUGCUUGAAACCUGAGCAACUUACCUGGGCUGAAGCGGCCGCCGCGCCUUUAUCAGCACUUACAGCAUAUCAAGCUCUUUUUGACAAGGGCGGGGUUGUGCCUCCGGAUCUGGGAAAUCCAGACGGGUUAUCGCUGUCGCAAGUGCAUGAUAGUCAAGGGGGGCAAUGCCGUCUUCUGGUGACUGGCGCCACGGGAGGCGUUGGUACUUAUCUCGUUGAGAUGGGAAGACUUGCUGGAAUGUACGUUGUGGCUGCAACAAGCUCCAACAGUCGUAACAAACAAUUUCUCGAAAGUCUCGGCGCUUCUGAGAUAGUCGAAUACGCGGAAUUGCUAAGUCGUACCGCGAAGUUCGAUGUUAUCAUCGACACUGUCGGGGGACAAGUUCUGAAAUCCUGCUGGGAACUGAUUGGAGAGGUCGGGACGCUCGUUUCCAUCGACAGUGCGAGUUAUAACUUUGUUGAAAUGCAUCGAGACCUGGGGCUCGGUCAGCAGAAGACCGGUGUCAGGGCCUUGUUCUUCAUCGUAGCUCCGUCGCGGGAUGACUUGGGCCAGAUCUCGAAGGCUUUGAAAUCGGGUCUGAUAACGCCGUUUGUAAGCAGUGAGAUGGCCUUGACUGACGCCAUAUUGGCGUAUGAGCGGUCGGAAGGACAGUCCAUUGGGCGAGGGAAGAUCGUUUUGAUCGUAUGA